GAAAGUUUUCCAAGAAUGACUCCUUCCGUUUCUGAGAAGAAAGAAAAUAUGAAACGGCUCCACGGAGGCUAUUGUUGCAGACAUGCUGAAAAAUAAGGUUAUUGUUUGUGUGUUCGUAGUGUUUGCCUUCAUCGUUCACGGCAAGUCUGAUGGCACAGAUGAAGUGUCAGUGUCUGUGAUGGAGGGAGAUUCAGUCACUUUAUACACUAAUAUUACAAGAAACAAACAAGACAGAAUUAAAUGGUAUUUUAAUAACAGUCGCAUCACUCACAUUGAUGAAAAUCAUACUAAUAUCUGUACAGAUAUACGUUGUAUAGAUAUAUUCAGAGACAAACUGAAAGUGGACAGUAGCACAGGAGAUCUCACCAUCACAAACAUCAGAAACACAGACUCUGGAGUUUAUCAGCUGAAGUUCGGCAGAAGCAGUGGAAACAUCUUCAGUGUUUCUGUCAGUGGUGUUUCUGCUGCUGAAGGAGAUCAAGUGACUUUCUCCGUGAAGAAGGGAGAAUCUGUCACUUUAGGGACUUCUGUAGGAAAAAACCCAUUUGAUGUGAUGAAGUGGUAUUUUAAUGACAUUCUCAUGGCUGAAAUCACUGGAGAUCAGAGUAAGAUCUGUACAGAUGUUCAGUGUGAUGAGAAAUUCAGAGACAGACUGAAGCUGGAUCAUCAGACUGGAUCUCUGACCAUCAUGGACACCAGAAACACAGACUCUGGAGAAUAUAAAGUAGAGAUCACCAUCAGCAGCAGAUUCAGCAUCAUUAGGAGCUUCAAUGUUACUGUCACUGAUCCAGGUCUGUCUCCAGGUGCUAAAGCAGGAAUUAUUGUUGGUGCAGUUUUUGGUGCUCUUCUGUUGGGUGCUGCCGUUGGUGGUGGGAUUUAUCAUUACUACAAUAUCGAUGUAGACAAGGAGAACAUGCACGGAGUUCCGUAUGAAGUCCUAAAAAAUGAUGGAUAAAAACAUAAUGAUUGCAGAGGAUUCCAGUAUCGAUGUGAAUGUACUACAACAUUAUUCCCAUUGAAGUGAAUUGACAAACCAUAUUUCUACUAUUAUAAGUCUUUUAAAGUCUCAAAUGGCUUGUGUUUUUAUGCUGCAACUUGAUGAAAUCCUUUGCAGGUCACAUGAUAGAGCACUUACCCAUUAUGGAAAUAGUAAAUCAUCCAUUACUGGAAGCAUAGAUAAUAUUAGUAACAUGAUCAUCUAUGGCCCUGUUUCCACCUGGUAUUGGGUUUUGUUCAAUCGGAUCAAAAGUAGACAAGGGAGACACAUUCCCGUUUAGACCCCAUCUCUUUUGUUCACUUUCAACCACUUCUGUCCUGAUUUCAUCGAGGAGAGGGUUUAUGGGUGAGUAAAUAUAAGGGUCUUUCAAUCUAAUGGACAAAAUAAGCUUGUGCAAUUUACAUAUGAACACACAGAAAAACAGAGAGCAUCAGCUUUCGUUUCUGCUCUGAGAGUUGUUAGAAAUCAGGAAUGGAGGGAGAACAUUGUGCUGGGUACAUUUUUAAUCUUCAAACCAAUCUUGAGCUCUCAGCUAACAAAGUUUAAAUCCCGUCUGGCUAGCGCGCUUCCCAUAAUAUUACGCAUUAAGGUUCAGUAGGUGAAGAGUAGACGGUCUUUAAUGGAUGUUCGAACACAUUCAACCACAUGAGCGUCCACACUAUGAAAACAAUCCAGUCAAAUGCGUUUUCAACUACCUCUGGAAGUGGUCGAAAAUGACAAGCUCAAAAUGUUUUAGACGUGUCCACUUGUGAUCCGAUCGACCAAAACGCUUCUUAAUGCCAGGCUGAAACAGGGCCAAAGAGACGGAUUAAAAUACCAGGUGGAAACAGGGUCUAUGUGUCCUAAAUUAUGUGUUUAAAUGAUACGGAACACAUGCUUUGCAAUUAUUAGGAAGAUGAACUCAGUAUUCAACAGUGUAAAAACCAUUAAGACUGACCAGCCAUGAGCUCUCAGCUUAUUAAUCAAUACUUUUAUUGAAGUCACUUUAAUUAUCAGUUAUAAAAUGUAUUUUACUAACACAAUCCCUGUGAAUUGCUACAUUACCCAUAUUAUAUUGAUAUUUUGAUAUAAUGCAUCAUGGGCUUAAUUUUCUCUUAAAAAGCAAGUACAGAGUCUUAUACCUUUGCUUCUGUGUUUACGUCAGAAUAGCGGCUCAUUAUUGGCCGGCUUCUGCAUCAGCAUUACACGUAUUGUGUUGCUCACAUCUACUAAUGUAAUUAAUGACAGAAUUUUCAUUUUUGGGUGAAGCUGACAAAUAAAUAAAUACAUAAAUAUAAUGCGAACAAAUAAA